AUGGAUGAAACAUUAACCGACGAAGACAAAGCAUCAAUUGCUCGACGUUUUAUUGUACAUGCACCGCCAGGAGAAUUUAAUGAAGUGUUCAAUGAUGUACGAACACUAUUGAAUGAUGAUUCAUUAGUUCGACGAUCAGUUUCACAAGCUUUCUCUGAGUACAAUCGGGAUCAAUAUAUUCCAACGAAAAUUCAAAAUUCAGAAUAUGAUUGUCUCGUAACGAAUGCCAACGAUCUAGGUGACGGUCGAUUUUAUGAUCCACGUACAAGACAAAGUUUUAAAUAUGAUCAUUUACGUCAUGAGACAUCGGACUAUGAACAUUAUGAGCCAGAUGAAAAAUCCGAAACAUGGCGUUUAGCCUUUGAAAAAGAACUUACAGGCUAUAUUAAAGAACGGUACACAUAUGGUGCUUGUACAGUUAUUGGCAAGAGUAACGACGAUAAAAUUACACUUACCGCUUUUGUUGAAAGUCAUAAAUUUGAACCGAAAAAUUUUUGGAAUGGACGUUGGCGAUCGAAUUGGUCAUUGACUUUAAGUAAACGUCAACCUACAUGUGAAUUAACAGGAGUUUUAAAAGUUCAAGUGCACUAUUUUGAAGAUGGUAAUGUUCAAUUGGUUAGUAGUAAAGAUAUCACAGAAACGAUUCAAAUUCAAAAUGAAAUUACAGCAGCUAAAGAAAUCAUUCGGGUGAUACGCCAAGCAGAAGACAAUUAUCAACAAGCUGUUAAUGAAAACUAUCAAGCUAUGUCUGAUUCAACAUUUAAAGCAUUACGUCGACAAUUACCAAUAACAAAAGCUAAAAUUGAUUGGGCUAAAAUUAUUGCAUAUAAAAUUGGAUCGGAACUUAAAAAUAGUUAA